UGAGGACCACCGAAUCUCGGCCUCUAGCACAAGUGGUAUUUCUUUGAUGGAGGUUGUGUGCGAUGUUCACGGCAAUAAGCAAGACUUGGUGUUGCACCGGACCUCCAUUCCCGUGCCGGACCAAGUCUGUGAACUGAAGGAGGGGCUCCAGCUGAGUUCAUUCACAGGGGUAGAGGACUAAACUCCACUCCUUGCUGAAUGACGUUUCUGAUGACUUCACCAACGGAGUGGAGCAGAGACCAGGCUUUGUGGAAUCUAUCUCCUAAAAGGGGUGCAACUUUCACUGGGGAUGGGGACAUUUCCCCUCCACAUUCUGAAAUUGCAUUUGACCCCCCCCCCCAGUUUUAUCAUCGGAAUGUGAUUCAAAAUGUGGCAACGUCUGAGUGGUCGGGUAGGUCCAGCAGAAGAGCUGUUGAGGGCCAAAGACAAGUUCUCCAGCUCCAGUGACCCUGCGACGAGCCAGUCCUUCAUGCUGGACAGAGUGCUCAACCCCACCGUGGGCGUCCACAAGGGCAUCCUGUACACCAGCUGGUCCCCCCUGGGCUGUGACGCCAAUGGCCGGUGCCUCCUAGCCUCCCUCACCCUGGACCACCGGCUGACCAUCCACAGCAGCACCAAGCGUCUACAGUGGACUAUGGUAGCUGACCUGACCCAGCUGUAUGGAGAGAGCCUGGAGAGCAGAGGCUACUCCGUGCCGGGUGGGCAGCCCCCCAAGGCUAACCUCCUGGACCUGGCUGAGCUUCAGAGGCGCUACCGCAUGCAGACCCCUGUACGGAUGGAGUGGUCCAGUGUGUGCACCACGCAGCACGUCCAGACCAACAACGAGUGUAAAGACGUGGGAACGGUGCUGCUGGCCGUGCUGAUGGAGAACGGAGACCUGGUGGUGUGGCAGUUUUGCCUGCCCAUUCUGGGGAAGGACUCUGUGUUGUCCUGUAACACCAUCCAGUCUGGGGUGUUGUCCCCCAGCGUGCUGGCUUGGUGGGAGUACGAGCACAGCGGGCGCAAGAUGAGCGGCCUGAUCGUGGGCAGCAAGUUAGGGCCCGUCAAGAUCCUACCCGUCAACUUGAAGGCGGUGAAGGGCUACUUCACCCUGCGCCAGCCAGUGGUCCUCUGGCAGGAGUCAGACCAGAUCCCUGUACACAACAUCAAGUGUAUCUCCCUGUUCCACCCCAAACAGAACUGUAACUGUAGCCUGGUGGUGGCGGCCAGGGGCUCCUACCUCUUCUGGUGCCUGCUGCUCAUCUCUAAGGCGGGCCUCAACGUGCACAACUCACACGUCACGGGCCUGCACUCCACCCCCAUCGUCUCCAUGACAGCCAGCCGCCAGGGCAGCUCCAUCUACACCUGUUCCAUGGACGGGACGGUCAAGAAGCUCACACCCAUCUUUACUGAUAUGGCCGUGGCCUUUAAGCAGGAGGAGAUCGUGCUGCCAGAGGGUUUGGCAGGUCGGAGGAUACACGGCAUGGCGGUCAGCCCCCACGGGGCGUACCUGGCCCUGGUCAGUACUGAGGGGAUGACCAAUGGUCAGCACCCGGUCUCUAGGCCCUACCAGGUCCAGUUUGUGACCCUGAAGACACCCAAUGACGCGGCGGCAGAGUUGCUGGAGUCCCCGGUCCAGAGCCUGUUCAAACAGACUGACCUGCUGGACCUGGUGCGCUGGAGGGUGCUGAGGGACAAACGCAUCCCGGCCCUGCUGCAGGAGGAGUUGGACGACAAGGUACACAACACAGGCUCCCCCUACUUGUGGAGGUUAAAACUCUUCCUGGUGCGCGUGCUCUACCAGUCCCUGCAGAAGGCCCCUGUGGAGGCACGUUGGCGCCCCACACACGAGGAUUCCAAGGUGUUUGUGAAGGAUGAGGAGGGGGGCGUCGUGGGAGAGGGUGGAGGAGGGGAAGAGGAGGUGGUGUCGAAGCUGCAGGACCCAGAGGCCCGGGCGUUGGAGGAGCAGACGGGGGAGGUGAUAGCUUGGAUCGAGGCGGUGGAGGCCCACCUGACCAGGGAGCACAUGAAGAGGGUUCUGGGGGAGGUGUACCUUCACACCUGGAUCACUGAGAACACCAGUAUCCCCACGCGGGGUGUCUGUGACUUCCUCACCAGCGACCCCACGUAUGAGGACAGGGCUGCACAGGUCCUGAUAGGUCACAUCCAGAAGAAGAUGAACAAGCAGACAUUCCCUGAGUACUGUAGUCUGUGUAAGGAGGUGCUGCCUUUCACAGACCGCAAGCAGGCUGUCUGCUCCAACGGACACAUGUGGCUCAGGUGUGUGUUGUCCUACCAGGCGUGCCAGACACUCGCGUACAGACGCUGCCUGCUGCAGGAUAGCAUCGCCAGACUGCCAGUGCCUGAGGACCCAGACUGGAUCAAGAGGAUACUGCAGGGUCCUUGUACAUUCUGCGACUCCCCCCUCCUCUAGGACUAUAGGACAGGCUUGUGGAGAGCCGGGGUUACUUUACCUGCAACACUUGUGCGCCUGCUUGGACUAGAUGGACAAUUUUCUUUAUUUUUACUUGUCACCUAUUGCCAAGCGUUAUUUAUAGGUUUAAAUGAAUUAUACCACAACCUUUUAAUUAAAAAAAUACAAAUAAAGGUUUUGAAUAUACAUUUGAAACCCCACUGAUAUGAAUAUGGUUUAUUCAGAGAGAAAGUUGAGUGUGUGGAGAUGGAUCUAACCUUUUCUCUUGAGUUGACAGACCCAUAAGUUUAACCUCCUUAUUUUCCUCAUUUUUUACUACAUUUCCAAACACGUGUGUGUUAUUCUGUUAGGCAAAAACAGGAGGGGGGGGGGGGGGCUUGGCAUGUCAGCCUUAUUUUAGGUCUACUUCUGCCAUUAGAGAGCAACACAUACAUAUCCUCACUGACUGAGGGGAAACAAUCUAAAUGUAUGUUAUUUUAAUUGGCAGUGUAAAGCAAUUUCCAUGCUGCAUGUGGGAGAAAAAAAAUGACUCUUAGAUGAGGACUUCCAAUAUUGUAGACUGAGAGAAAGAGAGAGUGGAGUAUGAGGUAGGAAGAGAGGGAUAGAAAGUGUUUCAAACUGAAGCUGUGUCUCCCAUGGGGGCUGAUUGUAAAUGAGAUUCCACAGUAAUGAGGAACCGAGCCCGGGCGGCAGGCAGAUGUGAUGCUCGUUCUAAUCAGAGGGGGGGUUAAGAGUGCAUAUUGUUAAAUACAAUUAACCCUGUUUUACUUUGGGAAGGAUGUGUACUUGAUGUGCUCUCCCCGCCGCCCCCGGCCCCCCUCCCACUCCUUCCCCAUAUCUCGGAAACAUGGAGGUCAGUGGCCAGUGAUCAAAGAUGGAGUUGGACCUAGUAGACUGGGCUAGUAACAGCACUGCUCUCCAUCUUGUCGUCUCAUCCCUUACAUCCCCAUGCACAGCCCUGGCCAGGCAGAGGGGUGAGGUUCCACCCUCCCUCUGGUGUCACUGGAGAUGAUAGGCUGCCCUGGGGCUAGCCCUGCGUGGAGAAGCUGCCCGGCUCGCAGCUCUCAACACUUGAUGAGAGAGCCGGAGUUUUACCCAGAAUCCUCAGCCCAUUGUCAUCAGUAGACAUGUUCAGAGAUUAGUAGUUGAGUAAAUUUGGAUAAUUUGCCUGUUUUCUGUGGUCGAUAUGGCGGUAGUAUGUGACACCACAGUGUUUUGACGAUCCACACUGAAAAUACGUCUUCGGGUUUUGAAUCAUUCAUUAGAAACUAGCACUUUGCGACUUAUUACCAUUCAAUAUUCUCUCGUUCAAAAUGACCCGUCUUUUUCUUAGACCAACUCUGUAGCGUUAUACGGAGCAUAAAAGUUUUCAUAGACAAACUUGCAUUAUAAGGAGCAUACAGGUUUUUCCAUCAUGUGAUUGGCUCCCAGUAAGUGUCUUGUUUGUCAAGGGGAAGUGUUUCUUCAGGUGAGAAUGUUCUUGUCAUUGAUAGGUGGAGACCAGUGCUGUUAGAGGUUAGCUGUGUUUGUUUGAACAACCUCCUACUUUAAUAGAACAAUCUGUCAAAGAGCAUUUCCACCAGUAAUUACCGUCUCCCCUCCCUUUCUUCCUCUGUCUUAGCUCUCACAAGACUUCAAAAGGAGGAUUCUUCUCUAUGCAUACAAUAUUUAUAGCCUUCAUGUCAAUGGCCGGAUCGCGUAAAACCUUCAAAACACCUUUUCACGCUUUUAUUUAAUAUGCUAUUCCUUUUUGUUUGUUUAUCUAGCGAGAAUUUGAUAUGUCCUAUGCUCUCAUGUAUACACAACUCAGUGGAGGCUGGUGGGAGGAGCUAUAGGAGGAUAGGCUCAUUGUAAUGGAAUAAAUCAAAUCAAAUUUUAUUUGUCACAUACACAUGGUUGGUAUGGAACGGUAUCAAACAUAUAGAAACCACGUAUUUGACUCUGCUCCUUUCAUUCCAUUCCAGCCAUGACAACGAGCCUAUCAUCCUACAGCUGCUCCCAUUAGCCUCUGAUACAGAUGCAUUUGGCAGAACCCAAAUAUCUCUCCAUCCAUUUACACUGCAGCUGCUUCAUUACACUGGAAAGUCUUAUGGGAUCGUCUGGUGUUUAAGUGUUCAUGUUGACUUCUUACCUCUGUCUCACCUGGACUACCCAAUCUUCUGUCAACUAACAGAGUGCUGUAAAGCCAGAGAUGCUGAUCCCUAUAGUACCCAAAUAUGACAGCACUCACACCUCCCUUAUCAAGUGCUGUAAAUCCUGUUUGUCCUUGUCACUGCUGUUUCACAACUUUCAUGUCUCUUGGUUACCCUGAUCUGUAACCAAGAGUUCAUUGGAUGAUAUUUGGAUGAUAUUUUCCUGAUGUGUAAAUAAACUUUUUUAAGUCUUUGUA